AUGGCGUCUGCACAUAAUCAUUUCCUUACCUCCACCUCUAGUCUAGAGGAAGAUGGUUGCCCUUCGACCCUGCGAGAUCGCCUGCGUGACGACGAUACUCCAGCGACAAGUUCCUCCGUCGGGCCUAUUCCCUACCACAACAUCUACCAGCAGGUUCACGAUUGUCUUGGAAAAAGCCUGACCGCUUCAAAGCCCGAAAGCAAGGUCGUUCAUGCACCCAAGAGCAAUGAUCAGGCCUCGCAGCUUCGAGAAUCGUAUGCUCGAAUGGGCAUGUCACUCCACAGCUCUGCUAUUGAUCACCUUGUAAAAGCGCACGGAGAGGUGCAGGCCAAGACAGCCCGCUUCGCUGAGAAAUCCGCCCAGACUUUGUCGCAAUCCAAACAGUUGUACGCCAACAUCGCCUACCCGCUAUCAGCUACACUUUGUCACCACAAUGACCAUGGAGGGCACCCCCGAGCAAACGUCGCUGUUCAUUUGAAGAACCUCCAAGAAGAAAUUGCUACUGCGAGAGAAGAGAUUCUUCGCCUCAGUGCUUGGAAGGAACUGAACAAAGAGCUCAGCGAUCAAGGUAGUGGCCAGAAUGGUGUUGAUGAGGAAGCUUUGAAGGCUGCUAAGGAGUUUAAGGCGCAGGCGGAGGCUAUCGUGGAGGAAAAGUGUCGGCUGCUGAAUGAAGUUGACAAGGAGUUCAAGGCUGAGAUCCAGAGCCAGACGUUGAAGAUGAUGCAGGAUCUCUUCGAUGAUUGAUCUCUUCGAUAUACUAUGGAAGCAAUGUGCGGGUUAUUUUGGUGUCAGCAGUGUUAUGUUCGAUU